CGGCUUCCUUUCGCCAGCUCCACGGGACCAUCCACCAACAUGUCCUCGACAGUCGAGAAGACGGGAGUCGUCCGCCCAUUCGGGAUCAAAACCGGCAAAUCGUCCGACUUGGCUGCCCGGAACGCGGCCCUGACCCCGCGCCGGUUCAAAAAGUUUUCGCUCAGCGAAACGUGGCUCCCACUCAAGAAGUCCUCGCCUGCCUUUGACUGCUUGUUUCCAGAGAACCACUCGAGCGACGUGAAAAAGAUUAAGUACGCGACAUACCCGUACCAUUACUGGGGCCUGGCACUCAUCUUGGCGAUCGGGGCCUCCAUCUUUGUCUACGCCCUGUGUUCGACGAGCAACUUUCGCAUCAAGAAGGGGUUCUGGUGGCAAUACAUGAUCAUCGUCGUCCUGUACAUGUUUGCCGCCAUCAGCUUCUUUCUUCCGCGCGUCGAAGUGUUUCGAAUGAACCACACUUACAUCACCGUGUGCCGCCCCAAGACGUAUCAGUACCUCCUUUGCCUCACCCGGGCACUCGAGUUCGAGCGCAAGCUAACGGACGUCCGUUCCAUCAUGGUCGAAGAAUCGGGGGAAAAGAUGGGCGAAAUCGACACGCGAUUAUACACGAUUCGGUUUGAAUUCUCCGAUGGCGUCGUUGAAACAUUGCUGGAACAUUACUCGAAGCGAGUCGCGAUUCGCCGCUGCCGCAGCUUGAACUUCCUUUUGGCCGCGUACACACCUGCGUCGCCGAUCAAACCUCGCACGCCCAAGGCUGCCGCCACGGCGAAAAUCGAACUGGAAGUUCCGCCUCCCGUCGUGACAUAGGCCAUUGCGUGAGGGCUGCCCACGGUAGCUCGCUAUCUGUCGUCAACUAUAUCCUUGAUUCCCACUGUCCUUGCGUCCAAAUGCGAUCGAUAGGCC